AUGGAUCUCGUCAUAAACGUGAGAGACUAUCCUCAGGUGCACCACAAAUGGCAUGACUUACCGGUGCUGUCCUUCUCGAAAGAGGUGACCCAAUACCGGGACGUGUUAUACCCCGCGUGGACUUUCUGGAGCGGCGGUCCAGCCAUUGAUCGCUACCCCACAGGCAUCGGAAGAUGGGAUCUAAUGCGGCAAAGAAUCGUAAAGAAUGGCGUCGACUGGCAUAACAAGUCUUCGGUGGCAUUCUUCAGGGGUUCGCGAACUUCCGACGAGAGGGACCCUCUUAUACGGCUGAGUCGAGCGCUGCCUCAGCUCAUCGACGCUCAAUACACGGCGAACCAGGCCUGGAGGUCAGUGGCCGACACGUUGGGCGAACAGCCGGCGCCCACCGUUACCUUCGAAGACCACUGUGUCUACAAAUAUCUGGUGAACAUGAGAGGAGUGGCCGCCUCUUUCCGAUACAAACACUUAUUUCUGUGCAAAUCUGUUGUGUUGAACGCCGACUCCGAUUGGAUUGAAUUCUUUUACCCUCAGCUCAAGCCAUGGAUUCAUUUCGUUCCGAUCGCUAAUAAUAUGAAUGAUUUGGUCUCAAAGAUUGAGUUCUUGGAAGCGAACCAUGAGAUCGGACGCAAUAUCGCAGAGAAAGGCUUUGACUUCAUUUGGCAUCACUUGACCAACGAUUCCGUUCAGUGCUAUUGGAAGGAACUGUUGGACAGGUAUUCAAAGCUUUUGAAAUAUAAGCCAAUACUCGACCCAAACUUAAUCAAGAUCUUUGAAUAA